CUGGGUGUUUCCGGGCAGCCGUUGGGAGCCGUUGGAGAGCUCAUACCCACGGGAACGUUAUUCUGAAGAAUGUCUGGAAGCUUCUACUUCGUAAUUGUGGGUCAUCAUGAUAAUCCCGUAUUUGAAAUGGAAUUUCUACCUCCUGGAAAAGCAGAAACCAAGAAACAUAGUGAUAGGGAAGAGAACUCCAGGGAUGAUCACCGCCAUCUCAACCAGUUCAUUGCCCAUGCGGCUCUUGACCUAGUAGAUGAGAACAUGUGGCUUUCUAACAACAUGUAUCUGAAGACUGUGGACAAGUUUAAUGAAUGGUUUGUUUCUGCUUUUGUCACAGCUGGACAUAUGAGAUUUAUAAUGCUUCAUGAUGUAAGACAAGAAGAUGGAAUAAAGAACUUCUUUAAUGAUGUCUAUGACUUAUAUAUAAAGUUUGCGAUGAAUCCAUUUUAUGAACCUAAUUCUCCUAUUCGAUCAAGUGCCUUUGAAAGGAAAGUGCAGUUCCUUGGGAAGAAACACCUUUUAGGCUGAAUAAAUAACUUCCCUAAGUGAGUGUGUUUUUUUGUACCCUUCUGGUUAUUUGAACUUUUGGUUUAGUUCUUUUGGUUACUUUUGGUUAGUUCUUAGAACAUCUGACACUCGUCUUUCUUCAAAAUUCAAUUGUCCAUCUUCAGAAGCUUUUUUUUUCUUCUGCUCAUACUAAUAAAAACUACCCAGCUUCUCUAGUUAAAGAUGCAUCUUAAGAAGUUUCCAUUUAGACCUAUGAAAAUCAUGUUUAAAAAUGUCAGGAUACAUAGCUGUGCUUUGAGAUGUGAGUGAUGUCAAUGAGUAUUCCAAAUUUAAGCCUCUUUAUUUAUUAGGGAGGAAGUAAACUGUAAACACAGAAAAAUGCCUUUCAUGCAUGUGAUUUAUUAUGAGCAGAAGGGAGAAUUUUUGGCUCUUUGGCAUAAAUGCUUUAUUUUGUAUAAAGCUUUCUACUUGCAGUCUUUAGCUAGAAAACUUAAUCUAAAGACCAUUAGGCCAAUUUUACUCCUUGUGGUGUUAAAUCAGGUAUAUAACAAUAUUGUAAUAUAUGUAUAUAAAGUGCUAAAUGUAAAGGAAUGCAAAGGGGUAUGAGCAAAUGCUCUGCAAUGUUAUCUUCAGUCAGCAAGUUCUAAAGCUUGAAAUUGCAAAUUACGAGAUGUUCAGUGCAAUCCUCAUUAAGCUGCAAUGUUGUAUCAGUGAAUAAAGUAGAC